GAGCGAUCGCCGCGCGGUGUGGUUGUGUGUUAUUCUGUGACGGUCGAUGCUACAACUUCUCGGCCAUCCCGAUUGUCUUGCGUUUUCGAAGUUCAGUGUUGUGCUCGUAAUAAAUGACACAAUGUGCUGACUGUUUCGUGAUAUUCUCAGUGUUUUUGUGUUUUGUUUCGUUUGUUGUGAAGUUUGGUUUUUGCAUCAGAAGUGGAUUUGGUUUACCGGCAUCUCUAACUGCGUGAGUCCUGUAGCGACAUAUGUCCUGUGUGGCAGUAAAAUGAGGACUACACUACCAGUAAUCUGCGUGUACUAUUUCACAUUACUACUGAGUGCUACGUCAUCGGUAGGAGACAGAGUAUGGCUGAACUCUGUAGUUGAACUGGUGGAAAUGGACUACAUCGAUAACUGUGCAGAAAGAGCGACGUCUACUUGGGAAGAACUGAUGGGAAUAGAACAGGGUUUCACAAAAAAGCUGGAAAGAGAUAAAUCUUUCGGUUUGUUCGCGAGCAAAAUUCGAGACGAAGUCAAGAGUGCUGUCACUGGACAUGCACUGGGACAAGACGAUGAUAUUCUAAGAAGAAAAGUGAAGUUACUGCUGCAACCGGGAGAUGUACUUUUAGAUACAGAACAAUGGAUUAAGCUUGUUACGUUCGGUGUUACAUCCGAACACAACCUGCGGUUUGCAUCCAACUAUGAUUGUGGCAGUAACAACUGCACGCUGAGAGACUAUAAGACCGUCGAGGAAUAUUGGGAUUCUCUCGUGGAAUAUGAGGGUGCUAUUCUAAAAGCGCGCGAGCUGUGGGAUCAUGUGAAACCUCUCUACACGAAGCUACAUAACUACAUUGCUCUCAGAUUAAAAGGAGUGGAUGCAGUCGGGAAGACUUUGCCGGUUCAUUUAUUAAGAUCUUUGAACGGAGACGAUUGGUCUAAUAUUAUAGAAAGUUUACUGCCAAAACACCCGGCGGUUUACCAGAAAGUGCAUGCAAAUCUUGAAUUAAUGAACCUUGGUGGGUCGAACGCUUUCAAAUCAGCGGCGAACCUCAUAAACGAUCUAAAAUUGGGUGAGAUCAGACCAGAAGUGUUAUCUGAGUCAGUUUUCAACAGCAGUUGUCCACCAAAACUAGUAGAUUGGUGCAAACCGAAUAAAGUCCGAGUUGUGUCUUGCAAAGAUGUCAGCAUAGGAAACUAUUUGGACGCCCACGAGGCAACAAUGAAGAUAUUGUACAAACAGUCAACAGCUAUGUAUAGUAACAAUACCUACAUACUAAGAGAAGCUCCACGUUAUUCAGCUAUAUAUGAAGCCAUUCCUGGAUUUGUCUCUUUACUUGCUUUGAGUCCAUAUGCCAUAGAUAAAAACAGAUUAUUCCCAGUGGAUCUAUUUAAUCUUAACGGAAACCAUCAUCGUAUGAUUUUGCAACUAAUUUUGGCGUUACGAGAUUUACCAAAAUUAAAUUUUUAUUUAGCGGCCGACGAAUGGAGAUUAAAAGUUCUAACGGGUAAAACAUCUACAUCUACUUGGAAAGAAUUCCGUGAAAAAUUUUCGAUGUUAGAGACAUCAGAUAGAGAUUUACUCUCUGAUCCGUAUGUGCUAUUAAACAAGCCUUUUGUAGGAAAAUUUAUGGGUCUUAUCUUGAAAUAUCAAAUAUACCAAUCAUUUGCGGAAGAGCUUGAAUCGGAUGACGCAGAUCUACUGGCUCAUGUAGCUGCCUAUCAUGAUCGUCUAAGCGACACCAUGAUGCAAGGAUACAGUAUACAGUGGCCAGAGUUAGUGAGCGAUUUGUUAGCAAAAAGAGAAAAUGGUCUAGAGUAUACAGGUCUAACUGACUAUUAUCGUCUCCUAGAUGAAUAUUUGGAUUUGCAAUUGGAUCCAACAAAUGAGGUUGAAGAUGAUUAUGUUGAACCUGAUGCAGAUGAAACUCCAACUGAAAAUCAAGAUAUUGAAUUUAAUAUGGACAACGAUGUUCAAGUUGAUGAGCCAUACGAGGAAACGCCCUUAGCUAAUCAUAUUGAUACAGAGGAUAGACCUAAAUUCGGUAUUGAAACGUCAACAGUAGCCGUAUUGGAAAUAAAGAAUCCUAUUGAAGCUGGGGACCAGAAAAGUGACGCCGAUAUUAAAGAAGCGUCAUACAAUGUAUAUUGGUGGAUAGGAAUAGGCGUCGCUUUAGCUGUGGUUGUUAUAAUAAUAGCAAUAAUUGCAAGGAAACGUCACAAUCACAGAAAACAACUGGAGAGACAAAGAGAAAACUCACAUGCCUGAUUCGAGGAGUAUCGGUUCUAGGAACCGAUUUAUAUAGACUACAGUUUCGUGUACUUGUGCCAAUACUAUAUUAAAAAAGUGGGGACUCGUAAAUAUAUUUCCGAGAUGUGGCUGAAAGAGUUUAGUGCGUUAUCCCAAAAGCGUAAACUACUUUUUAUGCAUGUGUUUUAUUAUUUAUGUCGUAUUAGGUGGUGCUGAAGGUCAAUGAUUUUAAUAAUUAAUUUUCAUUACAUUUCCUUUAUUUAAUUGUAAUCAUCAUUUGAAUAUAGUUGUUUUAUAAAGUAAAUUUCUAUUUAUAAUGUAAAGCUAGAUAGCAAAGAUGGAAAUAAAUAUUUUUGUACAUAUCACGAUUUGAAAGAUAGUUAUUAACAACUGAUUGUUACCAAGAGUGUCUAUAAUAGUUUUAAAAUGUAAUUUAUAGUUAGACGUAAUUUCGCCGUGCCUUAAGUGUCUCAAUUUCUAAUAAUUAAGACCUAUUAGUACGAAAGAGACAACGUUUGUAAGAAAAGAUUACUAUGUAAUUUUAUAAAUUCUCUAUUUACUCUGCCGUAAAUAUAGUAAUUCCUUUCUAUGUAUAUCUUUAUCUAAAUGCCUUUAUGUUUUUCUAUUCUCAUGACUUUUAUAUAUUUCGAAAAAUGUAUUGCAAUAAUCGUGUUAAGGGUAUUUUUAUUUGAUGUCGUUUGUAGUUUAAUGAAUAUUUGUUUCUUUUUUAAUUAAAUCACAAGAUUUACAUUUAUAAAGUGUGAACUAGUGAGCGUUAUGU